UUCAGUCGGGCAAAUUAUUUAAAUUCUCGGAUUUCAACAAGUAUUUGACUCUUUUGUCUUAGAACUUUAAUAUAUGAAUAUGAAUAAUACCUCGUCAUUUAUUUGACUGUACCAACAAAACGAGCAGAAUGAGUCGCAUUUCAGAACCAAAGUUUCAAAAAGCAGCGUCAGCCCAGUCCACAAAUGUUGGAAAAAGGGUCCUUAAAAGUCAAAAGACAAAAGGCAAAAGAGCACCAAGAUAUAGUUCUAAUAUUUUUGCAAUGUUUGAAGAAUCACAGAUUCAAGAAUUCAAAGAGGCUUUCAAUAUGAUAGACCAAAACAGAGACGGGGUGAUAGAUAAGGAAGAUCUUACUGACAUGCUUGCAUCCCUGGGCAAAAAUCCAACAGAUAAUUAUUUGGACGAGAUGAUGAAUUGUGCUCCAGGACCAAUUAAUUUCACCAUGUUCCUUACCAUGUUUGGUCAGAAACUCCAAGGAACCGACCCUGAAGAUGUAAUCAAGAAUGCAUUUGCAUGUUUUGAUGAGGGAGGCAAAGGAUACAUUCAAGAACAGCGUCUCAGAGAAUUACUCACAACAAUGGGUGAACGUUUGACGCUAGACGAGGUUGAUGAAAUAUUAAAAGAGGGACCAUGUUCAAGAGGACAAUUUGAUUAUAUAGCAUUCUCAAGAAUACUCAAACAUGGGAAGCCUAGCAAAAGUACACAAUAAACCGAAAGCAAUGAAGUACCACACUAAGCUAUUAGUUAUCCAGGAAAAAACCGCAAUAUAAUCAGUGAGACAGUUGACGAAAAUGUAUGAUACCAUGAUUACAUACAUUGGAUUUUGACAUUUAUUCAGUUUAUCAUUAAAAUUCAGUGAAGA